ACCGAUUUGCAAAUUUGUGGCCGAACUUUAAAAACUACAAAAGCGUGGCCAGAGUUUGCUUCCACCUUUUAAAACUUUGGCUCCCGUCAAAUGCCCUCUAACGGAGCUAACGGAGUUGAGGGUAUUUUUGGAUUUUUUGAAAUUCUUCUCUUUUUUUUCCUUUAUUUUCUCAGCUGCCGCUGCUGUCCUUCGUUCUCCCUCUCUCCUUCUUCUCUCUCUUUUUUUUUCCUCUCUCUCCACACCACAGUCUCCUCUACAUCCUCCCAAGUCCCAUGUAUCUCACUCGGUUUCUCCUUGUCCUGGAAACUCGAUUACCAAUGGUGGGGACUUCCUCUAUGCAAAUAUUUUUUUUGCUUCAAUAUGGUCAGACCUCAACAGAGAUACAGGGGAGUUCGCCAGAGGCAUUGGGGUUCUUGGAUCUCCGAAAUUCGCGACCCUGUAGUGUCACGUACUAACUUCAUUUACAAUGCCUCAAAUGAGAUUCAAGGAAGUCAAGGGGAGAGUAUUCAAGAGUUCAAGUCACCAGAAGAGGAAUAUAUUGAACAGAUAAUCCAAGAAUUGUUGGAUUAUGGACCUGUUGAGCUUUGUUCUGUAAUUAUCUUUGGAAAGAAAGAUGGAUUGAUUAAAGAACCCCAGCCCCUUCUGUUUCUUCCCCCUUUUCCCCAAAUAAUUUUAUUUAUAUAUUUUUACAUAUCUACCUCUUUAUUUUUUUAAUUUCUAAGUGAGUUAACAGCUGAAAUCUAACGGACUUAACGGCAGCCAAAGUUUUAAAAGGCGGAGGCAAACUCUGGCCACGCUUUUGUAAUUUUUAAAGUUUGGCCACAAACUUGCAAAUCGGUGUAAAC